GCUCUUUAGAUCCCAGUGAGAGGAACUUCUGGGUGGAAGAAGCUUUCCAAAGAAGAUUACCUUCACUCCAGCUACAGUUAUGGAGAAUAGCCCUUACUUCAGCAGUGAACAAGGGCUUUGCAGAGAUGUUGAGCUGGGGAAAGAGAAGGAAAGAAAGGCCAGGUAUCGUGCUUACCAGUGUGCCGCCAUCAUUCUGAGUGUAGUAUUCCUGAUAUUGGCUUUCUGUAUCUUCAGUCUGAGAUAUAUAUGGAGCCCAAGCCCUGGGAAGGUAUAUGAUCAUCAGUAUAAAGCCUUACUGGAUGGACUGGAGACUGAGAGCAUGAUGGAAAUCUAUCCAGCACAACGCAUCGAGAUCUUCAGGAUGGGAAAGGGCACUAAUGAGGUCCUAGAGUUGCAUGACUUCAAAAAUGGCAUCACGGGCAUUCGUUUUGCCAAGCACCAGAGAUGCUACAUCAGGGCUCAAACCAAGGAGCUACCCAAGAUGGACUCAAAGACUAUUGACGUAGAGGUGAGCGAGACUGGUGAAUUGGAUAUGCAGAUGGUGGACUCUCAGAUAUGGAUCCCUGCUGAAGACCCAAUCUCCAACAAAACAUUCCUGUUGAAUUCCAAGAUCUGGGAGAUUUGCCAAGACCUGCCCAUCCACUGGAUCCACCCAUCUCCUCUCAGAGAUGAGUUCCACGAUGUAGAGGAUGUGGAGGAGACCCCAGAGCUGGAGGCGAGAGGUCCACGUCAGGCCAGGGACGUCAUGGACCAGGUACCAGUAAACGACUAUAGAGAAGCUGGGAUGGAGCUGGACAACAGCCUAGAUGAGCAGGGCUACUGCUGCCAGUACUGUCGUCGGGGGUACCGUUACUGUAGACGAUAUCACGAGCCCCUGGGCGGCUUUUGGCCAUAUCCCUACUAUUACCAGGGAGGACGGGUCAUCUGUCAGAUUGUCAUGCCCUGCAACUGGUGGAUAGCAAGAAUGCUGGGACGAAUUUGAAGAUGCCGGAGGGAACCAUUGGUGCUAUGCUGCUCAGGGGUGCACGUAGACCAGCUUCAUUUGUACGAAAUGUCACAAAUACACUCAAAUCUUUUUCCAUUCUUUGUGUGAAAAAAAAUAUUUUAAAAUAAGGCAAGACAUUAGCUCAUCCUCAUUGACCAUGUCACAGUCAUAAUUAUUUUUUAUAUUAUGGGUAGUUGAUGGAUAACAAUCAAGAUUAUAGGUUAAACUGUAUAUAAAAACAGGGAAAUUGCAUAUUUUAGGGGAUAUUUUUUCCAGAAUUUCACCUUUGUGUUUUUUCACAAUUUAAUCUGUGGUAAUACAAAUGUUAUUUUGAACAGUGUAUUUAUCUGUCCUUGACCUGAUGUUGAUACUGGAAGUAGAACAGAAACAAGUGCUUUGGAAAUGGUCGGUUACUGUAGUUACAGAUUUCCUGCAGUCCUUUCAAAACAAUAGUGUAGUCUUGUUUAUAUGAGAGGCAUUAUAAGAAACCAGGUUAACAUAAAUUUACAGUCAUUUGCAUGUUUAUAUUUUGAAAUAUUGUUUUAAUGCAUU